AUGGCAUUAGCAAAUUCUUUCCUUCAACAUAGCUCCAUGAGCCCCUCGCCGGUCUACUGCCAACUCUGCGGAGUUCCGUUUGCAGUUAACAGGAUCAGAACCCGGGAUGAGCCGCCAGAAGCUUCUUGGGGCCCAGGCCGCAAGAGAGACGGUGCCACCUGGGUAGGGGGGACUGUUGGGGCCCACGGGAUCUGCCAAGACAGCGGCUGUGCGUUGGUCUAUCGAGGUCCUGUGAAGUGGGUUUGGGGAGCCCAGUAUUCGUCCCAAAAUCUUGAAGAAGAAUACUCGGAUGAUGACGAUUACGAGACUGAGAGCGAUACGGAUGAUGAGAUAUUAGAAUAUGACUCCAGCGCAAGCGAUGAUGAAGACGGCCACGGAAGUGACGAAGAGGAGGAAGGUUCUGGCAGUUCUUUCACCCGGGAAUUCAGCGUUUGGGGGCCCACGCCGGCUGAUGAUGAGAUGGAGCGUUUGCCACUGUCGGCCCUUGAUGGUUUGUCCGACGAAACUGCUACUGGAGGCCCGUCCGCUCUCAAUAAGGCUUGCGAAUACGAACACAUCGCGGGCCCAGCUUGUCAACACCUCGGAGGCUAUCACGGAGACAAGAUUUCGGCUCAGGAAAUGAGAGGUUGCACGACUAUUCAGUGUCUCAUCGCCAAGCCUGACGAUCGGCAGCCACUCAGGGACGAUCUGGCCUUUGAGCAGGUUUCAGCAUAUCAUCUCACUGGUCUGGCAGAGGAUAUCACCUCGAAUGGAACAGUCGAGUUCUCUCCUCCCCCUCGCCACUGGGUGUACGACAUCAUAGCGGGGAAUGAUACCAACCCUACCCAGGAUGGAUACGGCGCUCCCCAGUUUGGAGCGGCAUUCCAUCCCACCUGCUUCGAGUUAUUCAUGAUCGCGAGCCGCAAAUCUCUCGGCUAUGUUGACGCAGACGGAUUGGUCAACCUCCGGAAGCACUAUUGCGAGAGCAUUGGUAUAGGAGAGAACUUCUGCGAAACGGACAAAGAUGUUGGUAAGGCAUUUGGGAAAGAAUGGACUCAUUAUGCUAUGGAUGAGUAUUUGGCUGCCAAUCCCAUCUUCAUCCCUGGUUUUAGAGAGAUGUGCGAGGCCGCUAUCUCGAGCGAUGAAGGAUUUAACGUGCAGCAAAGCGCAUUUGAACCGCGCCAAAGAAGCCAGGAACCGUCUUCGUCUAAGGACCCAUUUCUGAGUCUUCCUUCACGGCUAAUUCCAAAGAUUGCGGGUUAUCUCACAAAUGAUGAGAUAUCAGCCAUGCGCCUGUCCUCUCACGCGUUUGAGCAGUUGCCUAUCUCUCUGUGGCACCGGCUUUUCGUGGAGCAAUUCCCUUUUAUCUACGAGGCUUGGUGUGACGACGCGCGACCAAACAGAUGGGCAAUUCCCGGUGCCGCCUAUGAAAUGCCUACCGGACUGGAACAAGUGGACUCCAGACAACGGCACAGCCGCGAAGUGGAUAUUAUUCGCCUAUACGGACAGACGGCACUCCCGGCGUGGGGCCUGUACCAACUUGCACUAGCACUGUUCCGGGGGAAUUCAGUGUAUAGUGACGAAGUUCGGGAUCGGGCUACUAUUCCAAUGGAACCCACCAGUCUACCAUACGAUAGGACAAACUGGCACAAGCUAUUCAGAGAUGUCACUUCUGACUGGAAAGACCUGAAGGGUUUGAGGAAUCGGGCAAGGAUAUGGAGCGACUGUGUCAAGAUUGUGGACAAAAUCAAGCAGACGAGGGAUCGUGAAAAUACGGAGAGGGAGGUCUAG